CUCCAGAUUCCCAUGCCUAAUUAUAACCAAUCCCACUCUACAAUUAUUCAUCUAUUUAAUUAUUUUAUUUUUUUAAAAAAGAGUAUUUUUUGACCACCAUAAAUAAAUUCACAGAAUCCUCUUUCGGUUUCGCAUGGUACGUGCGUGUCCUCUUACAAUCAGAGCAACUGACACCCAACCGCUCCUUCUCUUCUUCUCAAUUUCUUCUUCUUCUUCUAAUUUGUUUCUUUGUAAUUUUGUAAUCUCUGUAUUACCACCCAUCAUGUCCUCUGUUUUGAGUUCACAAGGUGUGGCCUUGGCAACUGCCAUGGUUGUCUCUUGCACUGCAAUCUAUCUAGCUUUCUCUUCCCCAAAACCCAUCAAGACUCUCGAUUCACAACCUCCAUCUCCGAAUUUACGUUCUUGCUUAUGUAAAGAUGAUCAGAGGAAGAGGAGGAACAGUAGGAAGAAGAAGAGAGUUCAAUUUGCAGAGAGUGUGAAGGAAACAGAAGGAAAUGGAGAGGAAUACAGGAGAGCCAGAGAGAACAACAAGAAUAAUUCAAACACAAGAAUUCAGAAAAGUUGCAGAAACGAAUUCCCAGAAACUCAAAAAAUUCCAGCAAACAGAGCCGCUCUGUAUAAUGGAAUACUCAGAGACCGUGUUCACCGAUUACAGUGCUCGUAUUGAUAUAAUGGAUCAAUCCCUGAAACGGGGUUUCGAAUCCUGAUCAUUAGGUGUACAUCCUUACCACUCCGAGUCAUUAUCAGGGUGAUAUAUUCUUAUCAUUUCAAUUAAUGCCUCCGACGUAGAAUGUUAUUUAGUUUUGGUUAAUAUUACUGGCAAUUCACGGUGUAUUCUGGAAAUUAAAAAGCCAAUUCAAGAAACUGAUCCUCUGCCAUUUGGAAAAGGCAUCUUCAGAAGACUCCUGGAAUCCUUUGAAGGUGAGUCAAAAGCCCUCUAGAAAGCUCAAGACUUUUGACCAUAUGCUGUCAUUUUACCAGUAAAGCGUGGUAGUUGUGGGAGGUAAUGACUGGUUCAGCUUCAACUUUCCCCCAAAACUCAUAUUGAUAUUUGUGAUGAUCACAUGGUGGUGGACUUGGUACUUUUUAAAAAAUUUCCUCUAGAAGAGGAGGAGUUGGGCCACUUUUUGUAACUUAUCAUUUAUGCAAGUUGGUGCAACUGUAAUGGGAUUGAAUCAUAUGAGAGACUUGAUGACCACUUCAAUUA